AUGGCCUUUUCCAAGUAUUGUUUCCCUCUUUCUAUGUUCAUAGCAUUAAUGUUACUCUCAAGCACGGAUAUGAGUCUAGCAGCUCGUCACCUCUUGGACACACCAUCUGCUCCACCUCCAUCUUUGACACUGCCUACAAUCCCAUCUCUGCCCAAGCCCACCUUGCCUCCCCUGCCCUCUUUCCCAACACUGCCUACAGCCACGUUGCCACCAUUGCCAAGCAUGCCGUUGCCAACAUUGCCCACUCAGCCAUCUCUGCCAAAGCCCACCUUGCCACCAUUGCCUGCCAACCCAAUGCCUACGCUGCCAACCCAACCAACUCUUCCGGCAUCCACAUUGCCGCCGUUGCCAAGCACCCAGGUCCCAACAUUGCCAACCAUGCCCACUGUUCCCAAGGUGACACUACCUCCGCUGCCAGCUACUCCAUUGCCCACCAUCCCAACCACAAUCCCUUCAAUCCCCACCAUUCCAGCGACAAUCCCUUCCAUUCCUUUCCUCUCCCCACCCCCAUCAAACUGA